AUGGUGAAAGUUAAUCAAUCCUUGACUACAGAGUUUAUCCUCACAGGGUUUUCAGAUCACCCAGACCUGAAGACUCUUCUGUUCCUGCUGUUCUUUGCCAUCUAUCUGUUCACCAUGGUGGGCAAUCUGGGCUUGGUGGCCUUGAUUUACAUGGAACGUCGACUUCACACACCCAUGUACAUCUUUCUGGGCAACCUGGCUCUGAUGGAUUCCUGCUGCUCCUCAGCCAUCACUCCCAAGAUGUUAGAGAACUUCUUUUCUGAAGACAGAAAGAUUACCCUGUAUGAAUGCAUGGCGCAGUUCUAUUUCCUCUGUGUUGCUGAAACCGCAGACUGCUUUCUUCUGGCAGCCAUGGCCUAUGACCGCUACAUGGCCAUAUGCAGCCCGCUGCAGUACCACACCAAGAUGUCCAAGACGGUGUCCAUUCAGAUGAGCAUAGGCACCUUCAUCGCCAGUAACCUCCAUUCUAUGAUUCACGUAGGGUGUCUGUUAAGGUUAACUUUCUGCAAAUCUAAUCGAAUUGAUCACUUUUUUUGUGAUAUUCUCCCACUAUAUAGGCUCUCCUGUACUGACCCUUUUAUCAAUGAACUCAUGAUAUAUAUUUUUUCUAUGCCAAUUCAAAUCUUUACUAUUGGCACUGUCCUGGUCUCCUACCUCUGCAUUCUUUUCACUAUUUUCAAGAUGAAGUCCCAGGAUGGUCGAGGUAAAGCAUUUUCCACCUGUGCAUCCCACUUCUUUUCUGUGUCAAUAUUCUAUGCCUGUCUUCUCAUGUAUAUCCGACCAUUAGAGGAAGGGAAUAAAGAUAUACCAGUGGCAAUAUUUUAUACAAUAGUAAUCCCUUUAUUAAACCCUUUUAUUUACAGCUUGAGAAAUAAGGAAGUGCUGAAUGCUAUUAAAAAAUUUACGAAGGGGACUGGAAAGAUGGCUUAG